CCACUAUUUAUUGGAAUGACGUUGUGGACUCUCCAUGCCCGGAAAGAAAUUUAUCAAGCUUGGCUUGAUGCACGUGGCCGCAGCUUUGGGCAUUUUGUUGAUGGAAAGUGGCUAAAUCCUGAUGGAAGACAGACUUAUGUUACUAAGAACCCUGCCACAGGGGAGACACUGGCAACUACAAUCCAAGGGAACGAUGAAGACCUGGAUACUGCAGUUAGUGCUGCGAAGAAAGCCUAUGAGUCCUGGAGCAAACUACCUUGCCAUGUCCGGGCCCGCUACCUAUACAGCAUUGCCCGCACUGUCCAAAAGCACCAGCGUUUGCUGAGUGUAAUAGAGAGUAUGGACAAUGGGAAGCCCAUCAGAGAAUCACGUGACUGUGACCUACCUCUUGUGGUUCGGCAUUUUUAUCAUCAUGCUGGUUGGGCACAACUUAGGGACACAGAAAUGAAAGGAUGGAAACCUCUUGGUGUUGUUGCUGCUAUCGUUCCAUGGAACUUUCCUCUUAUGUUACUCACGUGGAAAAUAUGCCCUGCCCUUGCUAUGGGUAAUACUGUUGUACUUAAACCUGCCACCUACACACGGUUGACAGCAUUACUUUUGGCAGAAAUAUGUGCAGAGGCUGGGCUCCCACCAGGAGUUUUCAAUGUGGUAACAGGCAAUGGAGCUUUUGGUGGAAAGCUUGCUGACCAUCCUGAUGUGGACAAAGUAGCAUUUACUGGCUCUACUGAGGUUGGACGCAUACUGAGGAAAGCAACAGCAGGCACUGGGAAGAAGUUGUCUCUGGAAUUGGGUGGGAAAUCUCCAUUCAUAGUGUUUGACACAGCAGAUCUAGACAGUGCUGUAGAGGGCCUUGUUGAUGCCAUAUGGUUCAAUCAGGGUCAGGUUUGCAGUGCAGGGUCCCGACUUCUUAUGCAAGAGUCCAUUGUUGAAGAUUUAAUCCGUCGUUUGAAACAAAGAAUGUCUCACUUGAGGUUGGGUGACAGCCUGGAUAAAACCAUAGAUGUUGGGGCUUUAGUGGAUGAAACACAGAAGAAAUCCAUCAGUGAAUUUGUAGAAGAAGCACGUUCAGAGGGAGCCGAGGUUUUCCAGGCUCCUUGUGUACUUCCUACGAAGGGUUUGUUCUACCCGCCUACUCUCAUCACUGGUGUGGACACUACAUCUCGCUGUGUCAGAGAAGAGAUCUUUGGACCUGUUUUGGUUGCCAUGGCUUUCCGAACAGCUAAAGAAGCAAUUGCUCUGGCUAACAAUACUCCUUUUGGAUUAGCUGCAAGUGUCUGGACAGAAAAUGUAUCAUUGGCCCUGGAGGUAGCACUGAGCAUUAAAGCAGGCACAGUGUGGGUAAAUGGACACAACAUAUUUGAUGCAGCGGCAGGAUUUGGUGGCUAUAAAGAGAGCGGGUUUGGUCGUGACGGAGGUAAAGAGGGUCUGUAUGAAUAUGUGAGACCAUCCUGGGAGAGCAGACCUCAUCCAAACCCAGGAGAUGUGAACUAUAAAACCUUUUCUGCCACUUAUGGAGCUGAGCAAGCCCCAAUUCCGGGACAAAAAGACGUGAGUCCAUCUGUCAUCCUACAUCAGGAUAAUCCGAUUCCAAGUGUUGACAGAACCUACAAAUUGUAUUAUGGAGGGGCACAAAAACGCCCAGAUGGCAUGUACUCUCGUUCUGUUUGUGGACCUGAUGGGUCUAUUCUUGCAUAUGUUGCUGAUGGUAACAGAAAAGAUGUACGUAAUGCAGUAGAGGCUGCACACAAAGCUGCUCCAGGGUGGGGAAAGCGAGCAGCACAUAAUAGAGCACAGAUUGUAUAUUAUAUGGCAGAAAAUCUUGAGCUGCGGCGGGAAGAAGUGGCUCAAAGACUAAGUACCCUGACAGGGCAGUCUAUGGAGAAGGCCUUACAAGAAGUGGACCUAAGCAUCCAAAGGCUCUUCUACUGGGGAGCAUACUGUGACAAGUACGGAGGAAAUGUUCAGGAAACAUUGCUUUAUGGAGCCACGGUGCUGAUCCGAGAGCCUGUCGGAGUAGUGGGUAUAGCUUGCCCAGAUGAGAGCCCUCUUCUGAGCUUUGUCAGCCUUUUUGCUCCUGCUAUUGUACGAGGAAAUGCUGUGGUGGUGAUUCCAAGUGAGAAAUACCCAUUGCCAGCUUUAGAUUUUUACCAGGUAUUUGACACCUCGGAUCUUCCUGAUGGAGUUGUGAACAUUCUUACUGGUGGUCGCAAUCACUUGACUAAAUAUUUAGUGGAGCACCAAGAUGUUCAAUCUGUGUGGUACUUUGGUUCUGAACAGGGUUCCAAAUUUGUGGAAUGGUCGUCCGCAGAAAACUGUAAACGCACCUGGGUUAAUUAUGGCGAAUCGAGAGACUGGGAAAGCACCGAACAGGGAGUUGGUGAAGAGUUCCUGUACCAAGCCACCCAAUGUAAAAACAUCUGGAUACCAAUGGGAGAGAUUUUUGCCAACUAAUUGUAGUUAAUACAUUUAUUAUAUGAAACUAAACCAAUAAGAAAACCCAGGGAGCAAGUUACAUGUAAUUGAUUUGUACUGUAAUAAACAUUAUUAUAAUGUUUAAUGGACCUUAUUUAGAAAACAACCAGACACAUAUUUUACAAUUCUAUUUUCAAUAAAGCUGUUAAUUCCA